CCUUUCUGCCAAACCGCUCUCUUUCUCUCUCUUCAGUGCAGACUUCAGUUGCAUAUUAAUAGUCUCCUACAAUCCAAGUAAACGUGUUUAGCUAGCCUCCCUUCCCUCUGCUCACCUACUUGUUCCCUUUUUGACGCAAAGCUCUCGUUUCUUUCUCUCGGGAAUUACUCCAUCAAUCUCACGGCUUUAGCUCCCAUAACCUUCAUUCUUCGUUUGGGUGCUUACUAUAUCUUCGUCUUCUUUCUUCUCCUCGACAAUGUCAGUCUGGGUAUAACCGAAACUCGCCUUCUAUCUCUUCACCUAUCACAGGCACGUUGAUGGGUGUGGACUUCUUCUGACUUUCUACGGGACUCUGUUUUGUUUUGUGAGUAUACAAAUUGAGUUUUCCGAUGGCUCUCAAGUGUGUGUGUAUCGGCGGAUGUUGGAAAACUCAUCAGUCAGGGGCUGCGAAUUUUCAGCCUGGAAAUUCUGGUUUGAUUAUGAAUAUGAGAUAUGAUCUUGAGAAAUGCCGGAAAUGGGAGUGUUGUUAUCUGGGUGCUUUAGCUCAGAAAGCUGCGAAUCCUAUUGAAGACGACAAGAAGCCAGCUGUGACCGGGGCUGACUCUUCUGGGUCCAUUACUGGAGUUCAGGAGAAUGAAUCCAAGGGGUUGAUAAACCUUCUUCCUAAGCCAUUAAGUGCACUUGACUUGUCAUCUUCUCCUAGUGAUGGGUCAAAGGUACAGGUUGCUUAUCAGGGCCAACCAGGAGCAUAUAGUGAGGAAGCAGCUUUAAAAGCUUUCCCAAAUUGUGAACCUGUGCCAUUUGAUGAGUUUGAAGCUGCAUUUAGGGCAGUGGAAUUGUGGAUAGUUGAUAAAGCCAUUUUGCCAAUUGAAAAUUCUGUUAACGGAAGCAUCCACCGUAACUAUGAUUUACUUCUACGCCAUAGACUACAUAUUGUUGGAGAGGUGCAGCUGCAAGUUGACCAUUGCCUCUUAGGAUUGCCUGGUGUGAGAAAGGAGGAGCUCAACUAUGUCAUAAGUCAUCCUCAGGCUCUUGCUCAAUGUGAAGGGAUGCUUGAUGAUUUAGGUGUUACUAAAGUUGGUUCACCAGAUACUGCUGGAGCUGCUCAGAAAGUGUCCUUAGAAGGUAGAAGAGAUACCGGAGCUAUUGCAAGCUCCAGAGCAGCAAAAUUAUAUGGCCUUGACAUUCUCAAGGAAAGAAUCCAGGAUAACGAUGAGAAUAUCACUCGUUUCUUGAUUCUUGCAAGGGAGCCGAUAAUUCCAGGAACUGACGGGCUCUAUAAGACUAGCAUUGUUUUCAGCCUUGAAGCAGGUCCUGGUUUGCUUUUUAAAGCACUGGCAGUGUUUUCUUUAAGAAACAUUGGUUUGACAAAGAUAGAGAGUCGUCCACUGAAACAAUGUCCACUAAGGAUUGUUGAUGACUCCAACGAGGGAAGUUUCAAGUACUUUGACUACCUCUUCUACAUUGACUUUGAAGCUUCUAUGGCAGACCCUCGUGCACAGUAUGCUUUAGGACAUUUGCAGGAAUAUGCUCGGUUUAUUCGUGUUCUCGGUUGUUAUCCUAUUCACACAAGCAGAAAUUCAUGACUGGGAGGGAUCUGUCGACUCUAAUGCAUUAGCUGUACAGUUUACUGAUCCAAGAACAAACCAUUACCGAUGGAGGUUCAUAUACAAACAAGGGGGAAGAGGAUAAAACAUCUUAUGAAACCAUUCUAGGAAUCUCCUGAGGAGUCAUACUGAAAAAUAAUAAUGUCAUGUAGUUUUUAACGGUGUUGAGUAAAUCCCAAUAAGGGGACUGUUACCCCCGGGGGGAAAAAAAUCAAUAAGGGGAUCCUCCUUGAGUUAUAAUCAUAUAUGAACAAUAUGGUUUUAAUCAUAGAAGUUUGUCACUUCAAACAGCAAAUUUCUGGGUUUUUAGCUAUAUAGUUUCUUGGUUUUUUUU